UCUCUUUUUUUCUUGCUAGCUUCCGUUGCGCAACAGUGAAGGCUUUUGAAAUUUCAAAAUUUUUCUGGAUUUUGGAGAUCAUCGGAAGAUGACUGUGAAGGAUGUGAAGGAAUCGCGAGGUGGAAUCUCAGGAUCUGAUUCUGAGAAAUUGAAGGAGUUUUUGAUGAUGGGCGAUGGUGGGAGGAAGAAGGUUUAUGAUCACCGGAUGUGGACGGAGGAUGUUGAUGAUCAGGAGAGUGGGGGGUCUUCGGAGGAGUUCGAGUCGCCUAAGUCGGUGGCGAAGGUGGGGAAGUGGACGAAGAACAAUGCCUGUGUGCACAGCCAAGUGUUACGGAUCAGGGAGGAGGAUUUGCAUCUCGGUGAGGAUAUUGGGGAGGGUUUGAGCGCGAAAGACAAGGUCUCCAGCCCCCACCACCACGUGUCGUCGCAGAUGGACGUCGUGCUUCUCUCCAGGCCGAUCUUGCCAUCUUCGCCUCUCAGCCGAAAGACUCCGAUCAAGACUUAAUAUUGAAUCGUCGACGAAUAGAGGAGAGCUGCAGUAGAGGUGGAAGCAGUUGUUGAGAGGUUGUGGUUGGACCUGUGUUCACUCUUUUCUCUGUCUCUCUUGUUCUAGGUUGAUGAUAGGUUCUCUUGUGGUGUACAGUGAAGAAUGAUUGGAAUACAAGAGCUGAUAAUAUGUAGAAAGAACUUUGGUUGUUUCUUUGCGGUUUCCUCUGUUUGGCUCUCUUUCUAGGAAAAUUUAAAGCAUCUUAACUACUA